AUGGCCGCCCAAAGCAGCUCCACCUUCGUAAAUCCUCCAAACUAUACUUUUACCUCUCAUCGUCUCAAUCGAGUUCUCCAUGCCUCCGACAAGCAACCGAUCGUCCUUGUAGCAUGUGGCUCCUUCAACCCCAUCACAUAUCACCAUCUCCGCAUGUUCGAGAUGGCAAAUGACUUCGUUCGGCAGAACACAAAUUUUGAGAUCGUUGGUGGAUAUCUCAGUCCGGUUAGUGAGGAGUACAAGAAGCCAGGACUGGCUCGCGCCCAUCACCGGGUUAAUACGUGCACGCUCGCUACAGAGCAGGAGUCUUCUGGGUUAAUGGUAGACUCGUGGGAGGCAUUCCAGAAUUAUCAACGCACGGCUGUCGUCCUCGACCACUUUGAUUACGAGAUCAACACGGUUCUCGGCGGGGUAUCUACCCGAGAUGGUGAACAUCGUGAUGUUCGGAUCAUGCUUCUUGCCGGCUCGGACCUGAUCUGCACCAUGUCUGAACCAGGUGUCUGGUCCCAUCAUGAUCUCGAACGUAUACUUGGGCGCUAUGGCACGUUUGUUAUUGAGCGCACAGGGUCCAGUAUGGACCAAGCGACGGACAGCUUGGCACGCUGGCGAAACAACAUCUAUCCAAUCCCCCAGCUGGUCCAGAACGAUGUUUCCUCAACGAAAGUUCGGUUGUUCUUUCGUCGGGGUCUCUCAGUUCGGUACCUCAUCCCAGCUGCUGUUAUUGAUUAUAUAAAGCAGAAUUAUCUAUACCUAGACGACGGGUCGGGCCCGGAGAAGGACAAGGGGAAGGACAAGGAGAGGGGGUCCAUAAUGAAUCAUGCAAAUGGCAGAUCGCGGAUCUGGUAG